AUGAAAAUUGAUGAAGAUUAUGACUUAAACAUAAUUAUGUAUAUAAUUAUUAUUAAAACUGUUAUUUUUGCUUUACAGUGGGUUGUGUUGGUUUUGGAAGUGAGGCCUAACUUACUUUCUGGUGACUUCGAAAGGUUUCUUUUGGAGGAUAUUGCACAGGUUGGAGAUGUUAUACUCGUUGAAGAUGAGAAUGUGAUAGAAAAUGAUUUCAGAUUGGUCGGACUGGAGACGUUGGUAGGAUACGCUGUUGUGACCCCAGGUCGCAGAAGCAUUGGCAAGGUGCGUGGUUAUACUUUUAAUAUCAACUCAGGCACAGUGGAAUCUCUUGAGCUUGAUUCAUUCGGAAUUUCCAUCAUUCCAUCGGGUUUGGUAGGUGAAUAGUCCUUGUACAAUGUGCACAUGAGAAAUUUUUUUCAAAGGAAU